CAAGCCGCGUUAUUCGAUACACGAUCGUGUGGAUCGGUUACCACGUUUUAUGUUUUAUGUUUAGCAGUUUAACAUUGGGUUUAGUGUGAUCAUCGCCACCAUAGAUGUGUACAACGAAUACUAUGUCUGUCUUGCCUGUCGCACCAUAAUAAUUAUAGUAUUGUUUUUUGUUUUUUUUUUUACAUACUUAUAUCAGACAAACUUAACAGUUUAAACAAUUAAACACUUUAAUAUACACCAUUAUAAUAUUAUAAUUAGUGAUUUGCCGUGUAUAGUGUGUACGAGUGACAUACAGAAAAAUGACUUACUUCCAGGUCAAUAGAAAACUCCUGUUGAUGAAAAUUCACUUUUUUUUAGGAAUUGGAGGUAAUGCGUUUGGUCCAUUUUUGACGAUAAUAUCAAAACAACGGGGCUAUUCUGCAUUCAUUGUUGGUUUAAUAUUCAUGCUACAGCCAAUUCCUGGAAUGCUGAUGAGACCAAUUGUUGGUGCCGUUACAGAUAAAUACAAAUGUCGUCGGUCGGUGUUUAUUGCGAAUUCGAUAAUCAUGUUUGUAUUGGUAUGUUUACUAUCAAUAAUCCCUGGUACGACAUCAAAAGAGGAAAUGAACGAUUUGGAUGUGAUCAAGUCGCCACUUUUUUGGAUGUUUUGUACUAUAACAAUCUUAAUCAGAAUGGUCGGAAUGGUUAACAUGGUUUUGGAGGACACGAUUUGUAUGGAUUUAUUAGGAGAAGACAAAAAUAAUUAUGGAAAACAAAGGUUGUGGGGAUCCAUUGGUUGGAGUUUGUUUGCUAUUAUUUACGGCACAUGUGUAGACUGGUACAGCACAGGGCUAGAUUACAAAAACUAUACUCCAGGUUACGUCAUUGCAAUGCUAUGUUUCCUUUUAGAUACAUAUGUGGUGUGUAACCUCAAGAUUGUACAAGCAAAUGAUACUAAAAUUGUAGCUUCUGACGUCAAAAAAGUAUUUACUGAAGGUAAAGUACUCGCGUUUCUUCUUUGGGUUGUUUUUAUUGGAUUUUUUAUGUCUUUCAUAUGGAACUUCGUAUUUUGGUACCUGGAAGACUUGUCGAAUGAGUUCCACCCCGAGACGAAAUCGUGGAUGAAGACUCUCCAAGGAACAGCCUUACUAAUCCAAUGUUUCGGUGGUGAAGUUCCGUCGUUCCUUUUUUCCAGCUACAUACUGAAACGUGUGGAUCACAUGACCGUAUUGUCCGCAGUGUUUUUUACGUUCACGUGUAUAUUCUCAUUGUACACGAUCAUCGAGAACCCUCUUUGGGCUUUACCAGUGGAAUUACUCAACGGCAUAACGUUCGCAAUGUCUUAUUCGGCAGCCAUUUCGUAUGCGGCACUUAUAGCUCCUGCCGGUGCUGAAGGAACACUCCAAGGAGUCGUCGGGACGGCUUACAUGGGAAUAGGUGCGCCCAUUGGAAGCAUCGUAGGUGGUUAUAUGUUUAAACAUAUUGGAAGUAUUGCUACGUUUAAGCUAUUGAGCGUGGUCGCAUUUUUCACUUGUGCUGUACAAAUUAUUGUCAAUUAUAUAUUAAGGCGUUUGUCUAAAAACGAUGACAUAAAUAGUAAUGUUCAAACUAAAGAUGAUAAUAUCAAAGAAGACAUACAUUUAACAUAGUAUUAUUUUGACAGAAAAUUAUUAUGAUAUUAUUUAUAAAAGAAAUAUCUGAA